CCCGUACUUGCAAUCCACAACCACCAUGUCCUUCACCAUCCCUGCCCACCUCCCUCCGCCGAGCGACGGCUCGGCCUCAGACUCGGAUGACGGUGCAUCCGACUGGGCCUCAUCGCUCGGUGACGCGCGGCACACACGCGCGCUCUUCGGCGACACUGUUUACCCCUCGCCUGAGGCGGCGCUCGCCGCAGCCAAGGAGCAGGGUUUCGACCUUACAGCAACAGCAAGUAGACUGGGACUCGACCUGUACGGGCGUAUGCGGCUGAUCAACUUGAUCCGGCGGGACGGGUUGGCCGCGGCGGAAGUGGCGAAGAUUGAGGCCGGCGACGAGAGGUUGAAGGAUGACAAACUCCUGAUCCCUGUGGUGCCGGAUGACCCGCUCUUGCAGCUCGAUGACGACGAGUGGUCUGACGAGGAGGACAACGCUCAGCCGACCAAGGAGGAGGAGGUUGGGGGAGCCGCCGCGGCCGAGAUUGCGCGUCUCCGCAAGGAGGUCGAGCUGCUGCGCGGUAUCGUUGAGCGCAGUGUCCAAGAUGAGGGGAAGGGCAAGAAGCGUGACGAUGACACCCAUUAUUUCGACUCGUACACCAACAACGACAUUCACGAGAUCAUGCUCAAGGACACGACGCGGACGGUGUCAUAUGCGCGCUUCAUCCUCAGCAACCCGCGCGCUUUCCGGGAUAAGGUUGUGCUCGAUGUUGGUGCGGGGACGGGCAUUCUCUCCAUGUUCGCUGCCAAGGCGGGUGCAAAGCACGUGUACGCGAUUGAGGCAUCCAAUCUCGCGUCCAAGACACGAGAGAACAUUCUCGCCAACGGUCUCGGCGACGUCAUUACCGUGAUCCAGGGCAAGGUUGAGGACAUCACCCUCCCAGUGAAGGCGGUCGACGUGAUCAUUUCGGAGUGGAUGGGCUACAUGCUGCUCUAUGAGAGUAUGCUGGACUCAGUGCUGGUCGCCCGCGAUCGUUUCCUCGCGCCUGGCGGGUUGAUGGCGCCAAGCCAAACUCGCCUCGUGAUCAGUGCAAUCACGGGCGAUCGGGUGUGGCGCGAGCGGAUUGAUUUCUGGGGCAACGUGUACGGCUACAACAUGAGCAGCGCGAUGAGUGGCGUCUACUAUCCCGAAGGCGUCAUCGACAUUGUUGACCGUGAGGAGGUGGUGACGUCCGAGGCCAUCGUGCGGGAUAUCAACAGCCACGACGCGACGCCGAAGAGCCUUGACUUCCAUGCCGAUUUCGAGCUCGUCUCGAAUUCGAACAAUGACGAAACGGUACGCGCCUUCCUCACGCACUUCGACACGUUCUUCAGCCCUAUUCCGGGGACGGAAGGGCAUGUACCACCGUCCCACCCCGUCCACAUUCACGAGUUCGCCGAUGACCUGUACAAGAGUGAGGUUGCACCGCUUAACAGUGCAGAAGCCAACGCUGUGUCCUUUACCACCGGACCGCGCGGCCAGCCGACCCACUGGAAACAGGUGUCGUUCCUCCUCCGCAAGCCGUUCACACUUGCCCCCGGACAGCGCGUAUCGGGGCGCUUCUUUUGCCGCAAGUCGGCUGACAACACGCGCGAGCUCGAGGUCGAGAUUCACUACGCGCUCGGUGACAAGCCCGAGGGGUACACUGUGCAGACCUACAAGGUGGCGUAAGAUGUGUGAUGUCGCAAGACGCGCUGAGCGCGAGUGGUUAGCGAGACCGACCUGUGCACACGAUGAGAUUCACGAGUUCGGAGCCGUCGAGGCCGUUCCAAAGAUGCGCCAUGUAUCUGGUUGACAUUUACCACGUGAAGGCCACUGACGACCUGCCAGACGUCAUCCGCCACCGAAGCAUCUGCGUCUGACUGUG